AUGAUGCUGGCGGCGUUGACGAGGCGGGUGGGUGGUGUGAGCGCCAGAAGCAGCAUGGUGCCAGUGGCGGCUGGUCGCGGCGUUGUGGGGCCUGCGGUUGUGGCGGCGGCGCGUGCGUUGCAUGUGAGUGGCGCAGCGUGGCGGAAGCCCACGCCGUUUGUGAUUGAGCGCAAGCGGUGGCAGGAGGCCGUGUCAAGCCUGCGCAAGGAGGUGAUGCAGCAGCACGGCGAGAAGACCAAAGCGCACCAUGAGCAACAAUCGACACAGGCCGCAUCCAAGGAAGCAAAGGCGCAGCAAAGGCGCGCCCUGAGAGAGGCCGCUCGUGAAGAAAAGCGCAAGAAGACCCAGCUGUUCCUGGAUGGCAUCGCAAGUGUAAGGAAAGAAUUGAAGCUGAUCAAGAUUCGGCAGGGGCAGGAGCGAUAUGCUAUGGAUCAAGCCAAGAAACGCGAGCACGCGAAGCGCAUGAUUCAGAAGAAGAUGGAAGAACGGGUCGCGUACAUUACGGAGACGGACGCUGCAGAGCUUGAGCGGGCGGUGCUGGACCGGAUACACGAGCCUGUCAAGUACGACUUCUUCGUGGACACCCCCAAGCCCAACACGGCCCGCCGCAUUUCAAGCGUGCUGUCGGGCUUUGACACCGUCUUUCAGAGAACGUAACACGAUCUUGAUCCAUGGCCCUCGCCACUCACCGACUGCGCUUGACUGACUCUGUGGUUCUCUGGUGUGUGUGUGGGGGGGGGGGUCUGCCUUUCUUGUGUGUGUGUGCGCGCGCGCUCAACUCUUUGUGUCCCGCUGUGUUUCGAUGGAGUAGGCAGUUUCUAUCUCUGAACGCUGUUGGUUGGUCGGUUCAAUACAAAAACAGCAGAACGAA